AUGCUGAGAACAUGGAUCAAACGUCGAUUAGCACGCAAGUCGGGCAUCUCUCAGUAUAAUGCAGCACAACGAGAACGCAUCGCACAAAGGAUUCAAAAGUUCGUUCCACCAUUAAGUCUAUUGUUAUUCUUUGUGGGCAUCGGAUGGAUUCUACUCUUCCCUCUUCAAGAAUUCAAUCGAAGGACGUAUAUCUCUGAAAACGCCUUGUUGCCUGGUCAGGCAAACGCAUACUACGGCUAUGAUGACAUGCAAAUUGCAGAAAACUACAGAUAUGAAUUGAAGGAUGUCCAAAACAAGGAUAGUGAAACACGCGGUGCGUGGAUCCAAACUGAGUUUCAGCGCAUGGGCUUCACCAGCACAAUACAACGAUUUGAUCUUGAUGGUGAAAAGGGAGUCAAUGCUUUUGCUGUAUAUCGUGCACCACGAAGUGAUGGAAAAGAAGCUCUGGUUCUAAGUGCACCUUGGAUCUCUCGUACCAAUGACUAUAACACCAAUGGCGUCGCUGUUUUGUUGUCCUUGGCCAAAUUAUUCAAGCGAAAUGUAUAUUGGUCCAAAGACAUCAUAUUCCUGGUAACAGACAAAGAAAUGGCCGGAGCACAAGCAUGGGUGGAUGCAUAUCAUGGAACAGGUGACCAAGAUGGGUUUUCGGUGGUAAUGCCUCGAUCUGGAGCUAUUCAAGGUGUGGUCAAUCUCGACUUCCCAGGCACACACGACUAUGAAAGCCUUGGCAUCUUUUUCGAGGGCGUGAAUGGACAACUCCCAAACUUGGAUUUGAUAAACACAAUCAAUACGGUGACAAACAGGCUUGUUCGCGUCCCAUUGACACUCCACGAGGAAACGUCAUAUCCUUUCAGAGAUACAGCUUGGGCCGAUUACUUUGAGUCGCUCUAUCACAUGUUGCGUACGAUGCGAUAUCAGGCUUUGGGGCACCCCUCAAGCGACGCUGGUCUUUAUUUGAGAUACAAGAUCGAUGCAGUGACCAUUCAUGGUAUUCGUGGCAGCACCCAUCUCAAUGCAUUAUUUGGAUUCUUCAAAAUUGGAAUCUUGAUAGAAUCCACUUUCCGCAGUCUCAACAACUUGCUGGAGCAUUUCCAUCAAUCGUUCUUCUUCUAUCUUUUGCUCAAGCCGAAUCGAUAUGUGUCUAUUGCCGCCAACACGGUGCAAAAGGCAUCUCCCACGACCAUUCCACCCGCAUAUACCAUUCGAGGUCGCAAUGUAUCUUUUGCCUUUUUGGUCAUGAUCAUGACGCAUCUUGCAGGAUUUGUGAUCUUUUACAUCAUGCAAUGUCAAGGCUAUGCAAGCGAGAAUCUCGAGAGCCAAUUCAUUCUAUCCACCUGCGUAGCACAUGCACUUGUGAUUUGCUCCUUUAUUUGGAUGUCAUUGCACCCAUCCUUACAGUAUGACGGCCGUAUCUUGAAAUCAUUUUGCUUGGCAUUCAGUGGUUUGGUGAUAUCCACCGUAUCGUUGCUCAAUUUCAGCUUGGCGGUGGUGACAGCCAUUUGCAUUGUCCUUCCCUACAGCUUGAUCCGAUCCACCUCUUCUUGGCUUGGGCGUGUAGUACAAUUGGUGAUGUUGACGAUGCUCUCUCCUUGUGGACUUGCGUUGAUGUACGUGACGAUCACAGGCCAGUCGUUAGGGGAACUCUUGUCGAUCAUGAUUCGAGACUACCAAAUUGUGGACUCAUGGCUACUUUUGUACAUUUGUAUUGGAUAUUGGCCAACCAAUAUGGCUAUGCAGAUCGUUGUUUUCAGUAAUCCAUAA